AUGUUUGACUCUGUACAAUACUUGACCGGAGCGACCGUUCGCGACAGUCGCGUCGAUGAUUUCCUAGCGUUGCUCAACGGUAAACAGAUGAACGAACUCAGAGAUCGACUCGACAAGCGACUCUCAGUAGACAACUCUUCUGACUUCGUUCGCAUAGAAGAUAUUCCUUGUGAGAUGCCAGCCGUGUCGUCCAAGAAGGUAUCGGUUGUACCAUCGGCCGCAGCGCACGCUAUGGUGUUCCAAUCGUCAUCGUCUUCUGCACCAGCCGAUGGACCGCCCACCAAGAGAGCGAAGCGGACAUACGAUGAGUUCCAGGGGUUGAAGCACACGCCGAGUAUCUUCGGCGGCGACGCGAAGCCAGUUACGCAGGAGCCAAAGAAGGCUGCCAACGAGUUGCGCCAACCGUUUGUUCAACCAUCUUCUAAGGCCGGCGAUGACGACCUGACGUUGUUGCUUGUUUCAUCUCAGGCCAACUCAGGCGAUGAAGGUGCCUCGCCUUCCCAGGGUGGCUCUCAGUGGGGGUCAGGUUCGUCGCAGACCCUCCCGUCAUCUCCACCUCCAUCGAGAAUGUCUACACGCAACACGCCAUCAGCUGCGGACACUUCUUCGCAGUCGUCCACUUCGUCGUCUGCACCUGCUGCUCAGCCAGCCCGCGGCCUGCAGGCUUCCAGGUAUGCUUCCUCACCCGCGCCAUCAGUUGCAUCAUCGCUCCCUCCUUCCUCUUCCCCGUCCCACCAGCAAACUAUUUCUACCAACAACGCUCUAGGCGCGACUACAGCUCCGAUCGAUCCACCUCAGAAGCAGUAUCAGCCUAUCACCAGGCUACAGUUCCGCUCCUUGAAGGGGAAGAUAUCCUGUGGUGAACACAAAGGAGCCAAAUUCAAGGAAAAGAUGCACCAGCUCUGCGCUACACGAGACGACUAUCUGAACUUCCUGUAUUAUUUUGGUACGAUACAAAUUGGCCAUGGAAGGUGUGAUUAUGAAGUUGUCAACACCGUCGCCGACUACGAAGCUGAUUCUGUAGCCAAUGGGGGUAUCGGACUCGGAAGAGACGGCGCUAGGAUCUUUCCCCCCGAAUCGUUCGUCCUCUGCUAUGGCGACCUGUACAGGAAGCUUCCGAUGCAUAAGCUGCCCGCGAAUUACAUUCGACACCAGAUCUCAACACUCAAGGGAUACCCGCGUCCAUGGUUCAAAGAGGCUUCCGAUAUCUGGGCGGCUCAGAAUGAAUCCCCUCCUGUCCAGCAGCAGCCUCAGGCGUACAGCAACUUCCAAAAGUCUUUCAGCGGUCGUCCCAGGAAGAAUCGUGGUUGGAACCCAAAGCAUUGCCAACCGCUGACUUACCAGCCGAGACACGGCGGACCGAGCAGCUCGAACCCCUCGUUCGGCGCGAGUUCCUCCCUUGCGAACAGCCGUCAUAACUUUUCCGAGGAUUGGCGCACCGUACGCGGUGCAACCGAGGAGCUUACAGACGCGAAUCCAGACCGUCGCCAGUUUUUGCUGGAGGCUGGCCAGCCCAGGCUACCCAGAGCUUAUACCGUAAGCAAAAGGGUGUCAAGCUCUACUCCCGCGACGGCAGAGUGCAUGGAUCUGACCAUGUGA